AUGGAUACUAGCGACGCCGAGGGAGACGCGGCUGAUCCCGACGACAGGCCGACAUGUAUCACACCCCCUGCGACAGGGCUUCAGUUUCUCCGCGCUGUGCAUGCAGAUAACGCUCGCGAUGAGGAGGAGCUGGGCGAUGGCGGUACCGAAUGGAUGCGCCGUCCUGGCAAGGAAAGUGGCGGCAUGGAAGAUGCGUACGACGAUUGGUGUCCUUCUCCGCGCCCGAUGAAUGACGCUGCUGAGUCCGACGGUGUUGAGGAGUGGAUCGCCUCGCCGCGAAACGAGGUUGCUGCAGAGCCGGCUGAAACGGUUGCAACGCAGGUCGUCGAUGCGGCCACUCCUGAGUCAUCCGGUUCAGUCGCUGUGAAGAAGCGACGGUACACGCAGCAAGUUUUGCAGUGGGGAACACCGCCUCCGAAGCCCGUCGCUCCACCUCCCCGUGCUGCCCCACCCCCCAUUCGUCCCCUUACAGACGAGGAGAAGAAGGAGAAGGCGUACCUGAAGGCGCAGAAGAGCUACAAGUCUGAUUGGCUGCCGAAGUUUGACUGGCUGAUUCUGGACAAGACGCCAGAGGGUGACCCGUGCCUGCGCUGCAGUGUCUGCAUGGAGCACGGGAAGGACAACGCGCGUUACGGUCGCAAUGGCGCUGGCGGUCGUGAUCUGCAGAUCGGGUCGAUGCGGUGGCACGAGAACAGUGCGAAGCACGAGGACGCCAUGAACAAGCAGGCAAACCUUCUGCAGAAGAUCGUGGACCAGAAGAAGAUUGAAGACUUCGCGAAUGGAGAUCCGGAAGGCUGUCGCGUCGCGGUACUCAUGCGCGCCAUGCGUUUUGUGUGCCGUACCGACACACCCAUCCACAUGUACCCACAGGUCGUGCAGCUUCUCGCAGAGGAGGGGGUCGCCAACAUUCCGCAACAAAGCUAUGGAGUGUACAUCACGCAGUACGGUUUCUCCGAGAUGGCCAAGGCUCUCACCGCCGAAGCACUUGUUGUGAAGGAGACGGCCGAAGCCGAGCAGUUCCAAGAUUUCCGGAUGGUAGACAAGGCCAUCCGUGCAGUGGGCGAGAUCGUGGGGAGAUCCACGCCGUGGUACGAGCGGUUCAAAGAGCUCCAGAUCGUGAUCCACAGCACCAACCUCGAGCACCAGGGACUGUUCGACGUGCGCUGGCUCUCCCGUGCCGAUGCGGUCAACCGGCUUGUCAAGAUUUUGGGGUCGGCAAUCGUGCUCUUUCUGGAGUACAAGCACAAGAUCGCCUCGGUUGUGAAGACCCUGAAAUUCCACUUCUGUCUGUAUUUCCUGGCAGACAUUUUGGGGGAGUUGAACUCCCUGAACCGUUUCUUCCAACGACGCAAGGUGGAGGUGACGCAAGUCACAGAGGAGGUCGACCGUGUGGUGUCCCUCAUCGAGCACCGCUACAUCGACUACGAUGGUGGUUUCGGGGCGGGUCUGAGCCCCAUCCUGUCUCCAUUCAUGGCACGUGUCAAGAAAGGGGACAAGAAGGUGAAGGUGGACGGCGUGGACGCUAGCGGCAUACCCGUCAAGCACACCUUCGAGCUCAGCGAGCUGCCGGACAAGAAGCACAAGUUCGGCGGGACGCUUGCAGAUUGCGUGAAGUUGGGCAAGGCCUUCGCCCGCGAGGUCGUGUACAACCUGAAGCACCGCAUGCGAGAUCUUCGUCGAAUGGGCGGCUUGAAGCUUUUCAGGGUGGACAAGUGGCCAGCGAAUCCGGACACGCGUGUGAGACGUUGUGCCACGUGGCUCCGCGAGAACUCUAAACUCUUCAACCACCAGCUGCCAGAUGUCGUGGACAUCUGGCGCAAGCAGAAGAAGAGGCGGCCUACAAAAUCCCCUGCACCCUUCCAACCAGCCAAUGACAAGGGCGGGCCAGAGGCCAGUUCGGACGACGAACGGGAGGAUGACGUGGCUUACGAUGAGUGA